CACCUGAUCAAAGAUGGAUCUGCAAAUCUCACUUUUUCUUCUGUUCAUUAUUUUCACUGCAGGACACUCUCUCAGCUGUUAUGAGUGUACAGAUCAGAAGGGUUCUUGUGCGGAUAAAAAAGUAAAAUCAUGUCCCAGGGGAUCUUCCAAGUGCAUAAGUUCAACAGCAGUAACACAAGUUGGUAACUUUAGUGCUAAAGUGAAGGUUAAAGACUGUGCUGAUGUCUGCGCCAGUGGGUCAAUGAACCUCGGUAUUAUAAAGAAGUCUUCAGUGUGCUGUAACACAGAUCGAUGUAACACCCUAGAUGCUCCAGAUCCCAGAACUGACUCCAAUGGAAAGAAAUGUUACUAUUGUGAUGGGAAGAGCUGCUCAAACAUAUUGAGCUGUUCAGGGAAAGAAGACCACUGCAUUACAGCAACAGGGAGUUUCGUAGACCAGUCACUGGUUGUAAAAGGCUGUGCCUCUAAAUCCAUUUGUGAUGCCACGACAUCAGUUACAGAUGUUCAGACUAUCUCAUGUUGUGAGGGGAACCUGUGUAAUAACGAUGCUAACAUAGGGCCUCAGAGUGCUAACAGUGCUGAAAGCGUCACCCAGAGCUUCCGGUUUCUCUGUUGUUUUCUGCUCUCCUUCGUCCUGCUGCACUGAAUCCAGCAACUCUUCAGAUUCUAUGCUGUACUUAAAACAGAGCUUGUAUUUUCUAUGUACUAUAUAUCUUUUGUGUCCUAACAUGAUUUUUUUUUAUUUUAUUUUUUGCUCUGGCUUUGUGGAGAAGAUCAGUUCACUUGAGCCGUUUGAACCCAGUGAUUUGUUAAAAUGACAGUUAUUAUUUGAAUUUGUUAAUGUUGAGCGCAAAACGAUUUAACCAACGGGUUUUCCGUUGAGUCUUAGUGUGAAGUAAAUAACACAGUGAACACCAGAGAAGACUGGUAAUAAUAGUAUUCUCAGAACCACUGAAAACACAUCAAAUGCUCUAUGACAGCUGUUCGGCCAGUAUUUCUGCUGCAUUGAUGAAUAAAUAUUUUAUUAAUGAAAUAAAUAAUUUCCUUUGAAAUCUCCAUGAAAUACGAUCUGUCUUAAGUUAAGGAACCAUUUUGGUGUUGGUUUGGGGUCAGUUCUCCUCUAGCUAAACAUAAUAUAAACGAACAUUAAAAAUGUCUUUGAGAACUGUCUCUGAUUUACUGAUGCAGAGGACGUAGAUUAUGUUUUAGCAGACAUAGCUGUUUAGUCUUUGUGGGGUCCAACGUGGGGAAAAAUAAUGUUUCCCUGGUGAAAAAAACAGCAUAUGCAUAUGGUAGGCAUGUUUUGAUGCUGGGAUGCUGGUUAGGUAUGUUUUAAUGCUGGUCCUUGACAGCAAAAACCAGCAAAGGACCAGCAUAAACCAGCAUCAAAACAUACCUACCAGCAUAUGCUGGUUUUUUCACCAGGGUUGACAUGUGCAAUAAUUCUGUUUUUGGCCUAAAAUACUUUCCCAUGACCUUUGUUUUGAUUACAAACAUAUGACAGUUCCUCUUGAACAUACUUAAAUCAAGUACUAUUCCUGUAAAGUUCUUUUUUAGGAACCUUCUUAGCUAGAUCAAUUAACCACAAAAUUGUUUUGCUGGACUCUGAAUGACUUCCCUGAGGUAAAAAAUAACAUUAACCUAUUUUACUGACUUCGUUCCUCGAUUAAGGCACUCAUGUUUCAGAAAUAUUAUUUGAAUUUGCUCAUGUUGAGCAUUGAAAGCCUUAAUCAACAUUUUUGUUUAUUUUUUGCGCAAAGUAAAUAAGAGAGUGACAUCUAGAAGAAAAGAAAAAUAAUAACAAUAUGAUUUUCAGACCUCAUUUUAUGAUUAAUUUGCCCAAGAUUGUAAAGGUCUGUCUGAGCAGACAAUUCUGCUACACUGAUAGGCACUUUUGCAAAUGUUCAACUUGUUUUUCCCAUUUUGGAUUUGCAUUAUGUUGUAACAGUAGUUUGAAUAAUUUAAAACUGCAUGUGACAUAAUUUACCAGCUGGUGGCAGCAGAUGAGCUUUUUAUACCAGAAAAAAAACUUUCAUUUUUGUACAUCAGACAUUUGUAGUCUACAGUUCAAUGCAUUUUUUUCUUCAGCAUAUCUGUUGUAUAAACAUGUUGUCAUGAAUAAAAUUGCUGCCAUAUUUUCGAAGACCACUCAUGACACUGUGUAAUCUGCUUCUCUCACAUGCAUGAAUCUGAUCCACAAAUAUAUGAGGAACUUCCACAAAUGGAUGAAUUAUAAAUGCACACAUGUGAUGUUUUGUAAGCUUACAGUGCAAUACAAUAAAUAUAUACAGGCCAUUUA